AUGAAUGUGAUCAGGACCAGGAGAAAAAGAGAAGGGCUGCUUCAUAGAUUGGAAAUAGGAUGCAAUUUGCUACCUGUCAAGGAGUUCCAACGAUCAGCGGCAGGUAAGCAACAAGAUUGCUCUCUGUCAAUAAGGCCUCCACAAGUACUUCAGCACACUAUUACAUACCUUUUUAACUGCAUUUUACCAGUAGACGCCUCCCUGGAUGCUUACAACUUUGUUGAGAACAGACUUCGGUCUGUUCGACAGGACCUUUUUAAGCAGCAAUGCCCUGGGCAUAUUGUCCUUCCUAUACUAGAGCCAAUUAUUAGAUUCUAUGCUUGGGCAACAUAUUGGUAUAGUGAGCUCCCUGGUUUUGAUAGUUACCUUAAUGACGUCCAGCUUCUUGAAUGUUUAAAAGCUAGUUUAAGAGUUGCUGAUGAAUCCAGUGAAAUGCCUUCAUCGGAUAUUGAAGCAUUAUAUUUACUUUUGAAUCUUGGCAACAUCCACCCACUUUUGAGAUCUUUUUCUUUGUCUACGAAAAGAAGAAGUCCACUACUUGUGAAAUCUGAAAAAUUAAGUCUGGAUUGGCAUAUGGGAAAUUAUGUUCGAGUAUGUGGAAAGAUCAAAGAGCUGCCUGUUCUGUUGGCUGCCCUCAUUUCCGCUAAACAUUUUCCUACCAUUAGAAGGCAUGCUUUAGGUACCAUGUCAGUUGCUUAUAACAGCCGUAACUUAGUGGUUCCACUAUCACUAUUGGUCUCAACAGGGCUUUUUGGGGAUGAAAAGGAGGCAGGCGAGUAUUGUCAACAUUAUGGUCUUCAGAGUGGGACUGAGAUUAGGCCCAACAGAUCGCAUUCGCUUGCACCUUCUGCUACUUCCCUGACACCUGAAGCACCAGAAACCUCGUCGGCACAUCGGGUAGCAAGCGCUCGAAAAUGAUCAAAAAAAGAUAAGUCUGACGACAUUUUGGAAAAAGUUUGCGACCAACUUGACUCAGAAGACAAGUUUGAUGCUAUUGGUAAAAACGUUGCACAUGAACUGUGAGACCUGCCACCUGAGACAGCAUUAGUGGCUGAAAAAUUUAUUAACGAUGUGCUGUAUGAGGCAGCCACUGGGAAUAUAUCCAAAUUUUCGAAAAUGAACAUUUACGUGCCCCAUCCUUCUCAAAUUCAGCAUCACCCCAUCCAUCUGUCUACGCUCAUACUGACCACCCAGGACACUCUCAGUCUCAAAAUCAGCUCCACAACCUGUCAUUGUUUUAAUAAUAUUUAAUGAAUAAAUUUUUUGCGUUGUUUUAAUAAAUUUUAAUGAAUACAUUUUUGUGUGAUUAAAUCUUCUUUUUUUUAUGAAUAAAUUUUGGGCGUUGUUUUAAUAAUUAUUAUAUAUAUACUUAAUGUUAUCUUACCUUUAAAAAAUCCUUCUCCAACACCGAAUAAAUUGCACUGCAGGUUUCCGGGAUUAUUUGUCCUAGGGUUGGGGCUGCUAUAAUUGUUGAAAACUUUAAGUCCUCGUAGUUCGCCCUGUAGCCAGAUAACGGAGGGUGGCUAUCAGCCGCUCAUGUGGGGAAAUGGAGGCUCUCAUAACAGUAUCCUCCCUUUUAAUUAAGGGGACCACUAAAUUAUGAAGUUCGAAAUAUGUUUCUUCAUACAUCCUCAAAUAAUUGUACCAAUCGGCCAUCUCUAAUUUCAACUCAUUGAGGAGAUUGGUGUGAGAAAGCGUUUCUCUUUUUAGCAACCAAUCUUUGGCCCACUUGGUUCUUUUUCUAGAUUUUUUAACCGCGAGCACCGUAGCUAUCGCAAUCAAAGGAUCCCUGAUACUGUGUUUCUUCUCGUCAGAUAUCUGAACCGACUAGUUUCCCCACCAUUUUUCAUCCGUUUACCCGACGGUUUAAACCAACGAAAAGAGUAGAACUUUUCUUCAGUUAAAACAGACAGUUUCCCCUACCAUUUUUCAUCCGUUCACCCGACGGUUUGAACCGUUGGUAAAAACCGAGUGUGUAAGCCCACCUUAAGACCAAAUGAAACUCGUUUAAAUUGAAAGGUUUACUCUAAGAAUUGGAAUGCAGUGUAUUAUUUUGAAUUCUUUUCCAAAGCAACUUGCAAAAAACUUGUCUUUGAAUCAAUGGUUGAGAUGAAUUUUGUGUCCUUGCAUAAUGGACGAUUUCAUGAAUCUUGGGUGGGCAUCAUAUUCUGAUGAAGUCUUAUUAUUAAGAUGUCUUUCUUCAAUACAUGGCCUAAUUUUCCCCUUUUUAUUUUCGAUAAAUAUUAAAGGACUUAUAUACGAUGAGUCUGAGCAUUCAAUUAUAUCUUAGUCGAGCCAUUGUUGGAUUUCCAAUUUGCUGCCUCCAAUGACGGAGGCUUUAUUGGGUAUGAUCUCGUUCUGAAUGGUGUUUGGUCAUUGACUAAUCUGGUGAGUGUAUCCUUUUAUUACUCCAUUUUUAUCUUUGAAUACAUUUGGGUAAUUAUCCAAUAUCUCAUUUAACCUUUGGUGAAGUUUGUAAUUUUCACAUUUUUCUUUAUCUGCUUCCGAUUCUAAAUGACUAAUUUUUUCAACAUUGGUAUCCUCAAUCUGAUGGAUUAUAUAUUCUUUGUUUUCUCCAACUGACUUGAGAGAAAUUCUUUCAAUUGAUGCAUUAAUAUUAAGAAUAAGUGUCAUGCUAGAUAGAUUGAUAUCUGCUUUCAUAUCCUUUAGUGAUUCAAAUCCUAUUAUGCAAUCUCAACUCAAUUCCGGCACCACUAGCAUUAUUACUUCCACUUUGCUAUUACUCAACAACAUCAAUGUUCAAUUGCCUGUCAAUUUUCAUAGACUUUUUAUUACAUGCAGUAGUUACUUGUAAAGUGUUCCAAGGUAAUGUAUGUAAAUUUGGGACUCUGCCUUGUCGGGCAAUCUUUACCAAUGGCGUUACAGAAUAUAUACCUAUACGUAUUUUCUUUACAUUUUAUGCUAUGAACUAAAACAUUUCACGCACUAGCCUAGUUUACAUCUACCACAAAUUGUAUUCACAGUACUUUUACAUGUUUCACUUCCGAAACCUUAAUUCCUUAACAUAUGAAACCUUCUAUGCGAGAGUUAAACAUGCGGAUCUCGACGCUAUCUAAUGGGACUCCAUUUAUCACUCAAACCCCGUUGAUACCAUGGCAGAAACUUACCACUCACCUUCAUACCAUCGUAGAUCAUCAUGCUCCUCUUAUAACAAAAGCUAUCCGACAUCCCCUGCUCCUUGGCUAACACCAGCUAAGAGAAUGUAUGAGAAGAAGAGAUGCUGCGAGACAGCGGUUCAAAAGAACUCACUUUCCUGAAGAUUAUCUUUCCUUCAAACAUCUCCAAAACAGCACACAAUCUGCAAUACGCUGCACCAAAUCCCUUUAUUUUCAUCAAUCCCUGUCCAGCACUCCAUAUUCCAAAGCCAAUUGGGCUAUCCUCCAUAAGCUGUCCUUAGGUGAACCCACCAAACCCAGUCUAUCCUUAUUUCAGCUGACAUACUCAAUACUCACUUUGCUUCCUUCCCCUCUGAUCCUUUUUCCUUGUGACUGCUCCAGCUCCUAUUCUUCCCUCCUCUAAUCCCAACGAUUUCUUCUUUUCUCAUAUUACUCCAGACUUCCUGACUUCCUUAAUUCCAUUCAUAAAUCCCAAACUAAUGAUUAUUGGACCAGACAACAUUCUGGGUAAAUUGAUUAAAUCCUCACUCCCCCCCCCAUUCUCUCUAUCUUUUAUCAUAUUUAUAACUUCUUGUUGCAAAGCUCCACCUUACCCAUCACCUAGAAACUGCUCUUGUUCGUCUGCUGAAUAAAACUUUCAAUCCAGCAACCCCUAAUGAUUUCUUCCCAAUUUCUGUAUUGUCUAACCUUUCCAAGCCUCUAGAAUGAUUAGUUCAAUUCCAAUUAUUCCACUAUCUCGAACAAAAUAACCGUCGGAAGUGCCUCCAAUCCGGUUUUAGACCCGACUACUCUACUCAUUCAGCCCUCAUUAUAAUCUCCCAAGAUCUCCAUACAGCUAUAGACCAACAGAAACGCACCAUCCUUUUUCUCCUUGAUUUUUCCAAAGCUAGAUCACAAUAUCCUCCUUACCAAACUUGAAAGAAGAGAGAUAAACUUCAUGAGUGGUUUUUUAAAAGUCUGUUGUGAAACAGACCCCUUGUAUUACCCCUAUUUGGAUCAUCUACCGAAAUUGAAUGUUUACCCAGCUGAUUUAUUAUUUUAAAGUUCAAGUUUCUAUUAUUUUUUAAAUAUUAUCAGAAAUUAUAAUUAUCUUUUUUAGUUAUUUAAUCCAAUCUAAAUCAAGAAUUUACUCUGAAGUCCAUUACCUUCUGUUCAUAAAAUUUAUGAUUAGAAUCCUAAUCUUAGCUAUACCAACAACCUAAUCAUACUUGUUAAGCUCCCUCUUAGUUUAAAUCAACUUCGAAUGAAGCCUAACUAUUAUUCAAAUUAACUUGAUUGUAAUUUAAAAGAAAGUGGACUAUAUUAUGAAACAUUUACACCUACUAGUAAUGAAAACAUAGAAAUAAAAUUAAAUCAAUUUUACAUUGGUAUCAAUAGAUAAAAUAAAUUAAUAACUUCUAAAAUGAAAAUAAUGAUAAGCUGAAUACAAUGUUAAUAAUAAUUACGAAAUAUCUAAUAAAAUAGUUGGAUGUUUGAUUAUGAAAAAAUUUUACAAAUAUAUAUUAAACCUAAUUUAGGAAUUAUACCAAAAUGAACAAAAACAAAUUAAUAAAAGUUGAACAAGUAUACGUGGUCGCAAGCAGUUGACGGGCGUAGAUAUUGACGAACCGCUGGCACUCCAAUCCUUCUUCAGCGACUGAACGUAGGUUCAAUAUGAGCACUCAUAUAAUUAAAUCUGCUAAUGGGCAGCGGCGAACACGACGAGAGAAAACGUCUCUUCACAGUAGAACUGCAGUGGGCAGUGUUGAAGUAGGCAAUACACAGCUCAGUCACGGGCAGAGUCCGACUGUCUUACGUCAAUUCUACCGCCUUAUGACUUGAACCUUGCACUUGUUUAUAGCUAGGGCUACAAUCGAUACCAAUUUAAGUAUAAACUAAUGACCUGUUGAAUUUACACAAAAUAAGCUAUAGGCCUAAGAAAAUAUACGUAUAAUUAUUAAUUGGUUUCAUUUUAUCAAAAUAACAAUUAACCAAAUAUGUUGAAAAUAAAAAUAAAAUAAAUUAACGCUGAAGUGUUAACAAUACUAUUUACAAAGAUAUAUAGAUAGAUAGAUAGAUAGAAAAAAAACUUCUGGGACUAAGUCCCUUCAGAAUAACAAUAAUGUACAAAAUAAUAGAAUAUUACUGCCCUGAAUGUUGAAACAAUAAAUAAAAUUGAUAAAAUAAAAUAAAAAGUAAAGAAAACCUUAGGUGCACAAGCUAUAUACAAUACAGAUAAAAAUAUGUACAGAGCAUUUAAAAUUAUGAACAAAACAAUUAAAACUAUGAACGAAUCACUUGAACUAUGAACAAAAUUAUAUUUAAGGGUUGAACAACAUAAACAUACACUUUGAGAAAUGAAGAACGAAAAAGAGAUACAAUGAGUUCAUUUCAUAAAAAAAAAAAAAAAACUUUACUUGAAUAUAUAUAUAAAAAUAAACAGUUAAUUAUAAUUGAAUAAAAAAAAAAAAUGUAUGUAUUGAAAUUCCUACAUCGAUAGUAGGAAGUGCAUGUACUAUCUCUUACCAAGUGUUAUGAUUAUAUGAUUGCUACACAAUACAUAUAUAAUAUUAAUAGUUAGCUGGUAUCUGACUGUUUUUGGAACAGGAAUUGGAAUAGGAGGUAUUUGAAUGUGUACAGGGAAGAGGCAUGUCGAAUUUUGAUCGGGAGGGAAUUCUAAAAGUUGACAGAGCGGGCUAUAAAGGAAUUUUGGAAUGAGGCAGAUCUAUGAGAAGGGAUGUAUAGGUCAGAGGGUCGGGAUCUUGUAGUGAGGGAAUGGAUUUACACAAUAUAUUUACAAGUUAUUCAGUUCGGGUAACCUAAUGAUGUUUUUGCCAGGACCCUCUAGCUUUUCAACGAAAGGGACACUAAUUUAAAACCCUUUUUUAUCCUCUGGACUAGGAUAAAGACUACCAUGUCUCACUAUAGCAAAAUAAGCGAUCUGCCCUAACAUGAUCCAGGAUCAUAUAAAAAAAUGGUGAAAUUUUUGAUGAUACUAAAGAUGUAAACAAAAUAAAAAUAAUGGUGCUCGAUGCUAAUACUUAUCACUAAUCUUCCCACCCCCGAUCCCAUCCUUGUCGCCAUUUUUAAGUCCUUUCUGGGGUUGAUCAAUAGAAUAAAACUAUGAUCAGGAGUAAAGCACUUUAUUACAUUUAAAGUAUUAACAUUAAGUACAUCAUAUAGCUUCCAUGCCUACCCAAGUUAUACUGAGUUGGCAUCCUCCCGCCUGAAACAGUGUUGCCAUAAUCCACUUUCCAUACACAUAUAAUAAUAGUGGAUAGUCCACAACAGUCAUGAUAAUUAUAAUUCAUGGAUGUAUCAAAUUCAUCCUCCAGUUACUUUUCAUCAACAUUUGUGAAGCAAUAUGUCCCAUCAUUUUUACAAUGACAGUAAACUUCCAUGUCUUCUGUAAAAAAUAUUCGAUAGGAUGUUCCCUCAUAUGAGAUUAUUGUAGUAUACAGGAUGAAUUCUGCAGUUUCUGGAGCCAAAUAAACUUGUCUUCUCAGCCUUAGUAUAUGAUCUAACCCUUUAAUAUCUGCUCUUUGGUAUUGAACACCUGAUAAUAGUUUUAUAUAAAACUUCUUCAAUAACUGAGUGAGGAUGGCUUGGGUAGAUAUUGGAAAUAAUAAAUCUCUUAGCAGGGUUGACCAUUUUUUUAAAUUAUUUGUUCUCCUAUUUUAAUAUUUUGAUCGUGGGUGAUUAUUUGAUCUACAAGCUGUUUUGAGGUUUGGUAAACAACAUACCAAUCAACAUCCGGUUUGUGGAUAUUCGCCCGGAAAAUAUAAUUUGUUGGACCAAUUAUUUCUGAUAUAUUGUGAUUAUAAAUUUAUUGGGGAACCCCAUUAAUUGAGCUGAAUACUAUUCUCUUUUCCUUACUUGGGCGUUUAAUGGUAUUUUUGGAUAUUAUAGAAGCAAAGCUUUUACCUUUGGUUUUCUGAUUUGUUGAUUUAGUCUGAUCCACUUUCUUUCUUCCUGAUCAAAUAAACUAUGUAAUUAUCCUUAAAGAAUAAUUAAGGCAUUUUGAAUCACAUUGUUUGUUUUUUUUACUUUUUUCAAAACACUGUCCCAUCACUAUGAUAUUACCAAUCUAAUAUGUGCUGUGACUGGCAUUUUCUUAUUGUAUAUUUUAUUCACAAUUUAUUUUCACAUGUCUAUUAUUAUUCCCUUAUCAUUUGUAUUUCAUAAGUUCGAAUUCUCUCAGAUCUAAUUAGAAAUUAAUCAAAAUUACAUCAGUACGACCAAAGAUAUGGUGCUUUGAACUUGGUGUUUAUGUCUUAAAAUAUAUUUUGCCCACAUUCUUAUUAUAUAUAUUUUGCCCACAUAUAUAUAUAUAUAUAUAUAUAUAUAUAUAUAUAUAUAUAUAUAUAUAUAUAUAUGAAAUAAGGCUUUUUCAUAAGAAUGUGGGCAAAAUAUAUUUUAAGAGGCAUAAACACCAAGAAAUAUAUAUAUAUAUUUCUUGACUACUGAAACUUUCAGAUGUUUAUUUGAAGUAUAAUUGAAGGGUUUACUAAUUUUUUAAUGAAUAAAAAUUAUAAUAAGUGUGAAUUAUGGUUGACUGUAGUGAAUAAUUGAAGAGAAGAAUAGUUUGGAUGAUCAGUAAAAAAAAAAAGUUAAUCAGUUCUUUUAUACUAAAAAAUGCUAGAGCUAUACAUAGAUUAAUUUGAAGUUACUAGGGUGUCAUAUAUUCUUAGUAAGUUGAUGCUACAUAGUAUGUUUAAUUUUUGCAUUCAUAUAUGUUAUUCUAUAAAUGUAUUAAUAAUUGAAUUUAUUUGUAUGUAAUGAUUUUUUUCUGAUCUUUUCUGUACUUUUUAAAAAUUAAAGUUUAUUUAAAAUGUACUUUAUUUAUUUAUGAUGUUGAGCUGAAGGGAAAUUAGAAUAAAAUAUAUAAAAUUGUUAUUACAAUAUUGUACACAUAAAUUGUGCUAUUAUUGAUAUGAAAAAAAUUCGUUUGUAAACUUACUACUAUCCAGAAAUGACUCUAGUGGUUGAAUAAGCCAAAUAGUUGUAAAAGAAAUAAAUAUUUUAAAUAUUAUCAGUAUAUUGUUCCUUUUCUCCAAAUUGUGCUGUUGUUAUUUAGAAAAAAAAAAAUGUUUUUGUUGAAAAGUAUAGAAAUGAGCCCAAUUUUAUUUUAUUGUUAAUAUUUUGUUGCAAUAAAAUAAAAUUUGUAAUAGCAACAAUAUUUUUCUCAAAUCCUUAAGUCUAUAAAUUGUAAAAAUAAAUUUGAUGAUAGCUGUAUUUGAACACAAGAUUUGACAUAUUUAUCCUUUACAAAGCUUUUACCUUUGGUUUUCUGACUUGAUUACUUAAUCUGAUCCAUCUUCUUUCUUUCUAAUCAAAUGAACUAUAUAAAUAUUCUUAAAUAAAGUCUUUUAUACUAAAAAUACUAGAGCUAUACAGAGAUUAACUAGAAGUUACAUCGUUGCCAUAUGUUCUCAGUAAGUAGAAAAU